UCUCUAUUCAUCCAUUCACAACACUUCAUCAAUCAUUCAUCAUCCAAUAUUUUGUAAUUUUCGAAGUUUGAGAGUUUUUCAUUCAUUUUAAUUUGGUAAGAGAAAAUGUUGGCAAUAUUCAACAAAGGUUUGGUGGAUCCACCAAAGGAGCUCAACAGCCCGGCUUCACACCCAUCCGGGUCGGGUAACAAACCCAAAUACCCUCAAGAAAUUGUUAGGAUGUUUCAACAAUCUUAUCCCCAAAAUGCCCCUCUUUCUAUUGGUUUUGGUGAUUCUGCUUUUCUUGCUUAUUCCUCUUCCAAAGGCCCACAACUUCACCAACAAAGGAUUUUUUGUGGCAUGGACAACAUGUAUUGCAUUUUCUUGGGAAAUUUGAACAACUUGAACACGUUGAUCAAGCAAUAUGGUCUAGGCAAGGCUACCAAUGAAGCAAUGUUUGUCAUUGAAGCUUAUAGGACCCUUCGAGACCGCGGCCCGUACCCGGCUGAUCAAGUUCUUAAGGAUCUUGAAGGUUGCUUUGGGUUUGUUAUCUAUGAUGGAAAUGCUGGAACUGUUUUUGCUGCUCUGGGGGCAGAUCAAAGAGUGAAACUUUAUUGGGGAAUUGCUGCUGAUGAAUCUGUGGUUAUUUCUGACAAUUUGGAUGUUAUUAAAGCAAGUUGUGCUAAAUCUUUUGCACCUUUUCCAUCUGGGUGUAUGUACCAUAGUGAAGUAGGGCUAAUGAGUUUCGAGCAUCCAAAGAACAAGAUGAAGGCAAUGCCAAGAAUAGACAGUGAAGGGGCGAUGUGUGGAGCUAACUUUAAGGUGGAUAUCAGUUCCAAGAAAUCCACUAUGCCUAGAGUUGGAAGUGAAGCUAAUUGGGCGUUAUCUGGUUCCCAAGCUUGAAUUAUCAUCACUAAUUUGAGCCUUUUCGUCACUAAUCUUGUCGAUUUUGGGGUCUAAUUAUACAAUUAAGUCGUCCAUUUUCCAUAUUUUAACUACUACGUAUUUUAAUUUUGUUUGAGCAUUCCUCAUAGUUUAUGUAUUUAGGGACUUAUUUUGUAUUAGAUCUAAUCCCCACUCUUCAUGAGGGUAAAAUAUACCCUUAUAUGUACAGUUUACUUUGAGUUGUGUUUAAUUAAUGAAAAGAAAACUUCCUAAUGUCUUCCAACUU